UUUCAUCACCAUUUCAUCGAUACAAGCUUGCGUUUAAGUGUUUCCUCUACAUAAGUUUUGUAAUAAAACAAGAAUCAAUCAAAAGAUGGAAGGCAGAACUGUGGUUUUUAGUGUGGUCAUAAUGACUCUCGUCCUGGUGCAAAUUCAAGUAGACGCAAAGCUCUGCUGCCCGAGCGAGAGUGCCCAAAAUCACUUUAAAUCAUGUGCUCUUGUUGGAAUCCCGUAUACAACUUGUCUAGUAAUGAGUGGAUGCAAAUCUGUUUCUGGAGAUAUUUGCCCUCCAGGAUAUCCUAAUGGCAUUCUCAAACACUCUGCUCAAGGUGAUGCUGUCAAUGAAUACUGCAAGUUAGGUUGUGCAUUCUCUGUGUGCGGUGCUAUGAACACUCUCCAGAACUCCGAUGCAAAUGAAUUUGUGAAUGGAGCCGUUGAACAAUGCACCAAGGCAUGUUCUACUUUAUGCAACAAGGGCUCUCUUACAGCAGUUAAAAGUGCCUAAACAAGUAUAUCAAAUAAGAUGUCACACCUAUAUAAAUGUGUUGUUGUUUUCAAAAUUCUCGUGUACUAUGUGACAACAAUGUUAUAAUCUAAAUAGAUUAUAAUGUGUCCUUAUACUAAAAUCCAAUAUAAAUGAUAAUAAACGAAUGUCGAUAAGUAAACUUAUUAUUUUUUAAUGAUGAAAGAUCUGCAAUUUGAGUUAAGAAUGUUG